AUGAAUAAAUAUAAUAUCUAUGUAAACGUGACAGUAAACAAACAAGUCAUGAAUCAUGAACACGAUUUUCAUAGCUACAUAAACAGGAAUUACCACGAGAUUCGAAGCAGACGUGUUGUCUCGUAUUUGCAAAUGCAUCUUCAACCUUCAAACAUGAACAUAUGGUAUAAAGGAGCUUUCCCGACUCCCCUUAAUUUAGUACACGAUCGUAAAUUUAAUUGUAUUUAUACGUGUUUACACUUGAGUGCAUGUAAUUUAUAUUCCCUUACCAAAAUAGUUUCCGGGAAUGGUAAAACGUAA